AUGUCUGCGAAAAGGGCUGAAGUCAUCCUUGGGAGCGACAAUUACUUCUACUGGGAGUUUGUCAUGCGAAUGACGCUGGCGAGAAAGGGACUGCUAGCACACAUCCAGAUGGUCAAGCCCGAAGCUGAGAUGACUGAAGCGUGGGUGAUUAAUGACAUGAAGGCACUGGGAUUGAUUGCUCAAGGCAUUGCGGUGGAGCAUCACACCAAGAUUCGGUCGGCAACGACGGCUAUCCAGGCAUGGAUUACGUUGCGUGAGUUCUACAAUCGUACGACCAUGCACAAUCGGCAUCUGGACAAGUUCGAUGAACUUAUUGUUGGUCUCCAGUCUCUGGGAGAGCCAAUUGACGAAGCGCGACAGCUCGUGGUUUUGCUCAGCAGUCUGCCUGCAGAGUACGAGAUCAUCGCGUCGAUCGUGGAGAACACCAAGGACGUCACUCUCAUUGAGGUAAAGGAGAAGCUUCUUAAGGAGUAUGAGCGACAGGACAAGAAGGAAGCCACGGAACGCGCGCUAAAGGCUACAACACAUGGGAUCAAGUCGAAGAACGCAAGGUUCGACAAGAGCGGAAGGAACAAUGGACGCAAGGACAACAUCUCGAGGAAACGAAGUGGGUUCAAAGGCAAAUGCUUCAACUGUGACAAGUUCGGUCACAUGAAGCGGGACUGCCCGGACUUUAAGGGGCCUGGCAAAAAUGAAGAGGACGCUGUUUUCGCUUCCGGGGAGAGUCGAUCAUCAGGGUGGCUGAUCGACAGUGGUGCAACGGCACACAUGACGCCGCACCGAGAAGACUUGUUCGACUACAAAAACCUAGUGACAAGCAUUGAGGUGACCAUCGCGGAUGGAAAGAAGAUCCGUGUGGUAGGAACCGGAUCGGUGCGAUUAACGGGCAUUGACGGCAAGCGCAUUCGGAUGUUAGAUGUUCUCCACAUCCCUGGCCUGGAUCGACGACUACUAUCGGUUGGCAAGCUUGCAGAACGCGGACUCAAUGUUGAGUUCGAGCGCACAUCAUGUAUCAUUUGGAACAAAAAGCAAGCCAUCGCCUCGGGGAAAAAGGUCGGCAAGGCCUACAUACUAGAAUGUCAGCAGGAAACGGCGCAAUACGUGGAAUAUUCGGACGUCGAUAGCAAUUAUGAUCUUUGGCACGCUCGUAUGGGUCACUUGAACAAGGACGCGCUGGAAAAAACGCAGCGUGUGACGACUGGUAUUCCAAUUACCAAUUUCAAGACGAAGGCGCUAUGCAGUGGAUGCUUGAAAGGCAAGCAAACGGUGACACAAUUCCCAUCUCAUUCACAGACGAAGACGUCUCGUGUUCUGGAACUUGUGCACACGGACGUAAUGGGACCGAUGAAGACGAGAUCAAAAGGUGGCGCAAAGUAUGUGCUUACCUUCGUUGACGACUACUCAAAGUACGUUGUGGAUUACUUCCUUAAGAAGAAGAGCGAAGUGCCGAGAAGAUUUGAGUCUUUUAAGACCAUGUACGAGAAUCAGUGGGGAGGGCGCAUCAAGUGUCUACGUUCUGACAACGGCACUGAGUUUGUAAACAAGGCCAUGGAUGAAAUCUGUCAGCGUAACGGAAUUGUUCAUCAAAAGACUGUACCAUACAGCCCUCAACAAAAUGGAGUGGCUGAGCGGAUGGACCGAACGAUUAUGGGGAAGGCACGGAGCAUGAUGCACUACAAGGGUGUAUCUACUUCCUGGUGGGCAGAGGCAAUUAGCACGGCAGUGUACUUAGUUAACCGGCCAACAAAUAGCACACACACUGACGCGACUCCAUACGAGAUUGGAUUUAAGAUGAAGCCUCGACUAGAUCACUUGCGAGUGUUUGGAUCAAUUGGUUAUGCUCAUGUCGACGACUCUAAGCGCACCAAGCUCGAGCCAAAAAGCUUCAAGUGUAUGUUUCUUGGCUAUGGGGUCAAUACGAAGGGCUAUCGCGUCUAUGAUCUGGAGCUAAAUAAAGUCAAGAUAUCAAGAUCAGUGAAGCUCGACGAACGCGAAGUGAAUGGAAUUUAUAGCACGUCGACGAUGACAGAAAAGACUGAAGUCAUCAACGUGAUAAAGGACAUCGAAGAAGUGGCUCAGCCGGAAAAUGAGAAGGAACAUCCUGUGGAGGAUGAACCAAUGGAAUCGACAGCGGACCCAUUUGAAGACGUCGAGAUGCAAGAAGAUGAACAUGAGCCUAUAUCAUCAGGAAGAGAAUUAACGACAUAUCAUCGACAACAUGAGUUAACAGCAAACGGUGACAUGGUUUUCAGGCCCGAAAGGGAACGAUCUAGACGUCCAAGAGAACCAUCACUUCUUCUUGGGAAUGGAUUGAUUAUGGCUGACGAGAACACAAUGAAUAGCGACGAUGAUCCUGACAAUGACGAUCAUUUCUAUCCGCCGUCACCCAAACGACCUCGUAUUGAUGAAGAUAACCUGCUUGCAGAAGCUGUACUAGCAUAUGCGGCAAGUAUUGGUGAUGCAAAUGAUGCACCGACGACAUAUCAGCAAGCCAUGGACAGCGACGAAGUCAAGGAAUGGGUGAAGGCUAUGAGCGCUGAGCUUAAAGCUCAUUCGGAAAAUGGUUCAUGGAGUCUUGUCCCGAAGAUGAAGAACGUCCGAAUAAUCGGAUGCAGGAUUCAAGCAGAAGUUCGGUGUCGAUUUUUUUGA